GCCAGGCUGGGUUCCCAUGCUGCUCUGCCAUUCCUCCCAGGAGCCCAUCACCUCCUCCAGAACACUCCUCUGGACUUCUGCAGUUCUGAGGGGAUCUCUGCUGCUCUGGGUGCUGCUGUGUGCUCUGCUCUCAGCAGGCCAUAUCCUCUCCAGACCUGGUGCAGUCUCUGAAUAUAAACCCCCCUUUGUUGGGCAGAGGUUGACUUGACUGAGCCGCAUGAUCAGUCAGGUGACAAAAUUGGGCACAAAAGCGAAGCAGAAUGAGCAGCUGGCUGAGGGCAUUAGCUGCUGAUCUUGCCUCUUGACAGGCUGUGCUACUCCUCAGGGAAAAAUGAGUGCCUGGCCCUGUCUUCUGCUGUGGAGCUUAACCGUGGUGUGUUUCACAGGUAUUGCUGUAGGCCAGACAACCAGCACCAUUUCAUCAACCCCAGCAUCUCCCAGUGCAAGCAGCACUGAGGUUCCCAUUGCAUCAACCCCAGCAUCUUCAAGUACAGCGAGCACUGAGGUUCCCAUUACAUCAACCCCAACAUCUUCAAGUACAGCGAGCACUGAGGUUCCCAUUACAUCAGCUCCAGCAUCUUCAAGUACAACGAGCACUGAGGUUCCCAUUUCAUCAGCUCCAGCAUCUUCAAGUACAACCAUAGCUGAGGUCCCAGUUACAUCAACUCCCAGUGCAACCACUGCUGCAGCCUCUGCUCCCCCAGCUGCUCCUGCAACACUCUCAGCGGGACUGACACCAGCCACUGCAAGCCCUGCUGCAUCCACAGCAGCUCCAUCUGCUGAUCCAAGCACGAAAACCCCUGCCCAGACUCUGCCCAGCACCACGGGGACUGUCCCCACCUCUCCAGCACCUUCAGCACUGACGGGCAGCUCCAGCAGUGCCCCAGCGUCCCCUCCAGGGGAGACCACGUCCCCUGGGCUCCCAUCAGCAUCCCCCAGCACCCCACAGCCCUCCAACUGCAGCACAGUGAAUGUGACAGCCUGUGCCCUCUGCCCCCCAGGGACAGUCCCCACCCAAGGCACAGUGAGCUGCUGGUGCUGCGGGGGGGGCUCGUGCAGUGACCCCAGUGCCUGCAGCCCCUGCCCACCUGGCCACUACCAGCCCCAAAGUGGGCAACCAUCCUGCCUGCCCUGCCCACAGGGCUACUACAGCAGCUUCCCAAGGAGCACCGAGUGUCUUCCCUGCCCACCAGGACAUUUUGCUAAUGAGUCUGGGGCUGCAGUCUGCAGAGCCUGUGAGCGAGGCUAUUUUAGCUCCAAGCAAAAUGCAGCUUUUUGUUUGCCUUGCCAGCCAGGAUCAUUUUGCAACACCAGCAGCUGCUCGGCCUGUGAGUCCUGUCCCGGGGGGCAGGAGGCUCCUCGGGCGGCAUCGGAGGGGUGCGAGUCCUGCCCGCCAGGUACGUUCAAAGGUCCCAGUGACAGCAGAUGCAAGGCCUGCAGGACAGGAGAGUACCAAUUACAGCGGGGCAAGGAGAGCUGUGACCUGUGCCCAGAGAGCCACUACUGCCCUAGCCCAGAUGUGAGCCCAGUCAGGUGUCCUCCUGAUGCCUUCUGCCCCAGGGGCAGCGUGGAGCCCUCCUACUGCAUGGAGCUGUUCCUGUACAAGGCAGGGGACUCCUGCCAGCUGACCCCUGCCACCAUCAUUGUCCUGGCCACCUUCUCAGCAGGUGGAAUCCUUGUUUUGUUUCUAAUAAUUCUGAGAAGGAGGCAAGAGCAUGGCAAGCAAUCCCUGAAGUGGCUGUUGCUGCCGGGGGGCUCAGGAGGACACAGCACGUACGGGGGCACGGAGCACACAGAGCCAGUCUAUGCUGGCUGGUAGCACAGCCAGGGCCAGCAGCCCCCUGAUCCUGGUGUGAGCCAACCCCAGAUGUGCUUCUGGGCAAGGUGUUUAACCACGAGCAACCUGUUUCUGUAUGGCUAAAAUCGGUGCUGGGAAAUAAAACUCAGUUUUGGAGUUGUGGAUAUUUCUGCAAAUCAACCCAGCUCCCUGCUCUGCUGCACUGGGCUGAUGGGAAAAGUCUUCCCCUUCCAAUUCCUGGCUUUGUUCACAGGUAAAUACUUUUUUCCUAUUUUCAGGGGGGAAAAACCCCCAAACUGCAAUCAAUUAUAUCUGUUUCUCCAUUUUAAUAGUCAGCUCAACAGAGUGAAGACUGCCUGCUCCAGUUCUUGAGGUCCCUUUGAUAAAACCCUCACUUCACCCAAGCACAAACUAACAUGAAUAUGCCUCCAAGUAAUAUGCAAUUUUUAAUUUUGUUCCAUGUUCUCAAGUUUUAGCACCACGAGUCAAGGGAAGGGAUCCUAAAGCUCUCCCUUUCAGCUGUGGACAAACAUGUGCAGCUAAAGUGAUGGUUGAUUCCCGGACAAAAAUGUCCCUUUUGUUUUGUGCUGUCAGGUGGUGCUUGAGUGGAGCUACGAAGGAGCAGCAUGGUGCAGGCACAGAUGUCUUGGCACCUUUCUGCAUGCUGAGGGGGGUCUGUAGGAGACCCACUGCCUAAACACCUGGGCAAAGUCCUAUCCCUGAUCCUGGACACUCCAUUCAUGCCCCAUCCAGGAGAGCAGCACACGUGCUUUGUACCUGUUUGCUGUGGCAGUCCAAGCCUUGUUCUGUGCACCCAGCCCAGAUUAACCACCUGGUUAAACUGAUGUGAUUUGUGUUUUCCAGAGAUGAUUUCUGUUUGUAGCUGCUUGACUCCUGUUCUUUGCUCUAUUUGCUCCCCUAUGAUGUUUUUCUCUGGGCAAUGCUUAGCCAUACAAAAAUGCUCAUCACCUGUACUGGAGCCAGUGUCACCAGCUCCAUGAAACCAGUACCUGUGGCCUCUUAACCCUCCCACCUUAUUUUCCUUGUCCUCCUACAGUGACAUUCCCACACAGGUGCUGUGUAAACCCAGCCCAGCCUGCUGUGACCCUUUGUGUCAGUGCUGUGCUUCACCAGCUCUUGAUGGCAGUAAAAACAGUAUUUCUAUCAAAAGAGCCACGAUUUGUAAUGGCUCUGCAUAGAGGUGGUAGCUGGUGUUCUUCUCACUUAAUCUUGAGAUGGCUGAAGCAGCCCAGCUGAGGGGGGUUAAGUUGUUCCUGCCCUCACCUGCUCAUUCUCCUCUCCCCAGGGAAGUGUUUAAAGUGUUUAAAAGAAUUUAUAAAAUAUAUCAGCUCUGUCAGGUGAGUGACUGGGUGGAAGAGUGAGUGGUACAUCAGCCAUUGUGGGCAGACAGGCUGCCUGGAAGUACCAAGGCCAGGGUGGAUGGGGCUUGGAGCAGCCUGGUCUGGGUAGAGGUGCCCCUGUCCAUGGAGGGGGUUGGAAGUGCAUGGUCUUUAAGAUCCCCUCCAUCCCUGUGUGAUUCCAAUCUGGAUCAGCAGCAGCAGGGAUGGUACUUACACCCCUCCCCACUGCCCAGCACGGGCACAGCUCACUGCAGUCUCUCCCACUGCUCCAGGAGAGAUGUGGAGCUUCUCUCUGGCACAAGGAUGUGGUUUUCCCCAGAGCAGCAGUGACACAAUCCUGAUGCACAGCACCAGGUGACCUCAGAACUAUCAGCCACCAGCAUCAAAGCAGAUCUUUGAAAUGCUUUUUUAAAAAAAUGUAGCUGCUGUCACAUGUGGGAGACUCCACACGUGAAGCCAAACAGAACAAAAAAACCCAAAACUGUCUGAAAAAGCCAAACAGUCAAAUUCAGACCUGACCAAGCACGACCAGCAUUUGUGACAGCAAAAGGACCCUGAGGGAGUGGUGCUGGCUGGGCUGGGUAGCUCCAGCUCAGCAUCACAAAAGUCUGUAAAAUUAUGAGGAACAGAGAGAAAGCACUGGAAAAACUGGGCUGCAAGAAAUGUCAGCAUUUCUGUGAUAAGCAACAGUGUGAAAACAAGCCCCAGCACAAUCAUUAUCACCUCAGUGGAAGCAUAAAACAGCAUUUCCAGGGGUCUCUUAGGAAGACCUGGAGUGUAAGUUUUCCCUAUGAGAGAACAAAGCCCUGUUCCCUCACUGUCAAACCAUGCUUGCUUAGUGUGUAUCAAUUUCACUUUUUUCUUUAAAGAAAACAAAAAAGGUGUCAAAGUAAGUAUAUAGAGCUGUUUUACAAAAGAGACUUAGCAACUUCUUAAAUAACUAGGAAUGAAAGUCAACAUUUAAUAAGACAUUGAAGUUUCUCAAGCAGUCAGACAUGGAAUAAUGAGACUCAACAAUGUGGAAAAAUCCCAUUAAUACGUCUUUCAAGAUAUUUUGCUUUUCCAAGUAAUUCAAAUAAAAAACCUCCUAAAACCUGACCAUGAACACAAAGCUAUUGAAUAAAACAGACAUUUACUCUGAUUAUUUUUCCUAGGUUGUAUGAAAAUUUUUAUAACAUACUCAACUGAAAAUUGUUUCCAUGCUUGCUUAUGUGAUAAAAGAACAACAAAUUCUGAAAUUGGCUGUCACGUGUCAGCUUUUUGCUAGAAAAGGAAAGACAUUUUGCUACUUCGAUGGGCAAGACACAAAGAACAUCAUUUAAGGCCACAUAAUAUGCCACAGUUAAUGUUGUUUAGAUUAAUUUAUAACAGAAAAUCCUUCAAGUUGCUGAAUGCUGAAAAGUAUUGAGUUGCAUCAGGAGAAAGCUCAAGUCUUAAGGAUUGUUUUACCUUGUAUUUGAACAGUGGGAGAAAGAAAACAGUGUGUUUUAAAAAGAAGACAAAAGAAAACUCCAGCCUGUUUCCCAGGCUGCAGAGCAAGGUACAGAAGCCUUCAUUACAAUGCACCUAAACCCCCCCUGUCCUGGUACAGACACCAAAAUUCUCCCAGAUCACCACCUGAGUGCCUGAGCUGAGCUCACAGGUUACAUGAAGGGACAAUAUGCUCCACAUUCCUCCUCAACAUCAGUCUGCAGCAGCAGGAAUGAAUUCCCAGGAACUCCUGGUCUGCAUUUCAGUGAUGCACAGCUCCAGAGGGUUGAGCAGGAAAGAAAGAGCAGGGAGAGGUAGAAGGAAGCAGAAGGUGAAACAGCCCCUGGCUCAGGUCUGUGUGUGUGAACAGAGUCUCUGUCCCCACAGACAGACACAGGGAUGCUGUCCUGCACCUGCUGUGCUGGGUGUGCUGGUGAGCCCCCUGAGAGGCUGUGGCUCCAUGCCCAAGCCCAGGGCUGCUGCUCCUGCAGCACUGCCAGUAACAACAGGGGCUUCUGCAGGUGGGGAUCUGCCUCUUAGCACCUGGGGCAUCGCUGUUCCAGACUGACAGGGAUGUUACACCUACACAUGAAGAGGAAAAAGCAACAAAACAACUAAAAAAAAAAAUUAACAAAUUAUGAAAGCAAUGGAAUGUAAA